UAGUAGUUGCAAAGCGGAAAGAAAAUGGCGGCCGUGGCUGCGGAGCCAGGAGCUGCUGCGGCAUCAACAACAGCGGGGGACGGGGUGGAAUACGAGCCCGAGCCAGGUGAACAUGUGGUCGAGCUAGAGGCCCGCUCCGUCCCGGAAAUGGAGCUUUGUCACCAACCCGAGGAUGUGGACGCAGUUCAGGAAUGCAGCCAGGUCCAAAUGGAAAUCAGAAGGCCGGACCUUCAAGCCGCGGGAAAAGCCCUCGCUGCCCAUGCGGACGGCGAGCGCUCCGAGUCGGGGGGCUCCUGGGGCCGCCUGGACACCGUCGAGCAGCCCGUGCUCAUAGACUACAGAUGUACGGACGUUUCCGACUACGGGGAAGCCUUCUCGCCGAAGGUGGAGGCAGCAAACGAGGUCAGUCCUUUCGACUCAAGCCCCUGCCAACUGCUCCCCAUCUCCGAUUCGCAGCCCUCUGUGGUCUUCUUGCAUUCCCUCCCCUCUCAGGUGCCGUCGGAGCCUGAAACCGGACUGUCUCCGGCUGUCGAAUACGACCCGCUGUCGAGCCAUCCCCCCGAUCUGGAGUGUGAACUGAUCGGCUUCACGCAGCAGGACCCGGAGCCCGAGCCCGCGAAUGAUGCUCCGGACGGGUCGGAACUCAAAGCUCACGAGGAUGCUUUCCAUGACAUCCCGCACCCGUCCGAUCACCUGGACUCCCUGUCUACCGCGGAGGAGACCUCGCUGGGGGAGUCGGUGGGUCAGAGCUGCAUUAGUGACUUCUCCACUGUUUCCAGCAAGGACUCUCCCGAACUUGCAGCGCCGGUGGACCGGUCACUCAUCUCAUCGGUGGACCUGAGCUCGCAUCCUCUCCAUCAGCAGAGCUUCAGGACGGAGCUCAGCGAACCGGACACGGACACCAAAGCCCCGGUUCUGUGUCCUGCGGAGCCCGAGGCGGAUGAGCGCCUGGUGCUCGGUUCGGAGGUCCGAGUGACGCUGGACCACAUAAUCGACGACGCGCUCGUGGUGUCGUUCCGCUUAGGCGAGAAGAUCUUCUCCGGGGUGCUCAUGGACCUCUCGAGAAGGUUCGGACCUUAUGGAAUUCCUGUAACCAUGUUCCCCAAGAGAGAGUAUAAGGACAAACCAGAAUCUAUGCAGCUAAAGAUGGAGGCAUUCCAGUCAGAGACAGAUAAGGGUGAUGCUCAAGGAUCUAGUAAUGCCCCAAUUAAGGACUCUGUGGAUGCAUCGGAUGCCCCUCUUAAGGACCCCACUGAGACUCUUGCAGCACCCCAACCCUGUCCUAACCCUCAACCUAACCCAUGGACCUCAAAACCACCUCCUUUGUUUCAAGAGGGAGCCCCUUAUCCACCUCCACUGUUCAUCAGGGACACCUACAACCAGUCGUUACCUCAGCCUCUACCGCGCAAAAUAAAACGGCCCAAGCGUAGGCUGUAUCGAGAGGAGCCCACUUCUAUAAUGAAUGCCAUCAAGCUCCGACCAAGACAAGUUUUGUGUGAUAAAUGUAAAGGGGCUGUGGUGCAAGGGGACAAACGUGAGACACGCAGAGGCCCCAUUUCAGACUGUCGGAGUGAUGAUGCCAAAAGACGGCGUAAUGACAACACAACGGCAGCUGCUAGUAAGCGACCUCGUAGUGAUCCACGCUCUGACGAGAAGGGCCGUGGUUCUGAUGGGCCUAAACGGCAAGGUUCGGCUGUACGGGUGUCAUCGUCCACCGGCUCUUCUCUGGCACAUAGUCAGGUCAAAGGUGCAGCUGCUGGGAAUAAAAUGGUAAAGGGGGUGUCCACUACAACAUCUUCGGCCAACUCUCGAGUGCAGCUCAAUGCCAAAAAAGUGCUUCAGAGCAAAAACGUCGACCACUCUAAAGCGCGAGAAGUGCUGAAGAUGGCCAAAGCUCAGAGAAGACAGAAAGAGACAGACACAGGAAGUAGUGGGAACGCUAAGGCCAUAACCAGGGCCGCUGCCCUUCAGGAAGCCCACCAGAAAGUCCACUUUACUCGGCGACUGCAGCAGAUCAGUGGAGGAGGUCCAGGUUCCAACCCUCUGCCCCCUAGGAUGCGCAUCAAGCCCCAAAGGUACCGUAAUGAAGAGAACGAUUCUUCCUCAUGUAAGCCGCCUUGCUUGGAGAAAGUGCUGGGAGGGGGCCGUUUACCGUUGCCUAAACCAGCCAUGCCCCGCUGCACCUCCACGCGCUCCUCCUCCUCCUCCUCCUCCUCCUCCUGCUCUGCAAGCCAAGUCGCUACAGCUGUAGAGCCCCAGAGGCCAGACAAAGCAAUCGAGUCUCUGCUCAGCCAGGCCCAACCCGAUCCCCCCCCAGCCACGGAAUACAGGGAACCCCAGGCUGAGCCAGAGGUACAGGAGGGGCGGGAGGAAAAGCGGGAGACACGUGGGAGCAAGGCUGGUAAUCUAGUGGUCUACAUGACCAUUAACCCCAGCCAGCCUGACUCCUCUAGUACCUCCAUGUGCAGCAUUGAUAGUGCAGAUGACUUAAAGUCAUCAAACUCUGAGUGUAGCUCGACUGAAACAUUCGACUUCCCCCCUCCUGGUGAUUUGCGAUCGGCCCCUGCCCCUGGCACGUCCUCCGCUUUUGCCUCUGCCUCUCCCUCUGCUCCACAGGAUGACAAAAAGCGCAGUAAAUCUCUUAAAGCUGCUGUUUUUUCCAAAAACGUUACAAAAUGUGUUGCCCUGGAUGGCAGGACAAUAUGUGUAGGGGACAUUGUUUGGGCCAAAAUCCUUGGCUUCCCCUGGUGGCCCGCCCGCAUCCUAGCCAUCACAGUGAGUCGCAAAGAUAAUGGGCUUUUAGUCAGACAGGAGGCCCGAGUUUCUUGGUUUGGGUCGCCCACCACUUCCUUCCUGGCCAUUACUCAACUUGCCCCAUUUCUAGAAAACUUCCAGUCUCGCUUUGACAAGAAGAGAAAGGGCUUGUAUCGUAAAGCCAUCACUGAGGCUGCAAAGGCUGCCAAACAGCUCACUCCUGAGGUCCGAGCCUUGCUAACUCAGUUUGAGACGUGAGGUGGUAAUGCCUUGCUAAGGUAGGCACAACAGGCAACCAAGUUGGCUCUGUACCCUUUCUGACACCUCUCAACCUUUGCUGUACCCAGUCAGCUUCCAGAGUGAAACCCAGAAAAAUGUCAGCCAGGCAACCAGGACUAAUUUAUUUUUGUUGAGAAGGCAAGAAAAGGGGAAUGAAUUGAGUAAUUUUAAAGGAAAUGGCUUUUAUGUCAAAUAUCAUAGUUCGCCCCUUUGUAAAAGUUCUUUUUUAAUCAUAACAUCAUCAUCAUACAAUUAUUAUACUGAAAAAGAUUGUCUAGGAAAAAGUUUUAUGGGUUAUUGAGCAGCCACAAAUAUGUAAGUUUCUUCUUGUCAGUGUUUGCUGUUGAAGGUCCCUGUAAACAUGAAAAGCAGAUGCUCCCAGAGUGGGAUAAUUACUGAUGCUGAACAGCUUUUACCUGAAGAGUAAAGAAUGUCCGGUUGAAUCCAUUCUUAAUUUAUUACUGUAACCGGUGGCCCUAACAAAUCGACUGCUGCUUUGUUUGGAUCUCUAACUUAGCACAGUUAGUGCUUCCUUUCAGAUCAGAGAAAGUAUUAUAAGUUCAGAGUCAGACUGUUCCUGCUGCAUACUCUAUCACUACAGUGUUUUUAGACCUUCAAGUCUCGAAGAUUAUGUGAACUAAAGUCUUGGAUUUCACUUAGGUCAUCCUUGAAUUGAUUUCUUUCAUUAUGGAAGUUCUGUAACUGUAAAAGUUGACCCUUUUGGGUAGAGUGCCUCGCUCAGGUAGUUAAAAAAGGGACUUAAUUGGUGCUGAUCUUUCUCAGACGUUCAGAGACAACUAAUCCCAGUGCGUUGAUCUGAGCAGACGGCUGUUGAUCUGGGUGUGGCUGUUGGCCAGCCGUGGUUUCGCAGCCGGUCGAGCUGCUGUUACGGGGGGAGGUGCCUGUAAGCUGAAGUCACCUCAAGUGCCACUGUGAGGAGAGCACAGCGACUCUGUAAAUGCAGACAGUACCACCUCAGACACGGAGAAACCUGCCAGCCUAUCUGUGCGUCCUCUUCCCCACCACCCUCGCAGCUACAACAUCUGCUUCCCAAGCUCAUUCGUCCCUAAUCUACUUGCUUGUUCUUUUUCUCCACUUGUUCUGCUCCCUCCUACUUCUGGUCAUGUUGGUGUCUUUGACUGUAUGUCUGAUUAUGGCAAAGAUUUUCCUGUUGCUCAGCCAACCCACCGGCCGCCUCGGCUUCAUUUUUGCAAGGGUCUAGGCGGCGUUUGUGUAAUGAGGAUUCAUAUUUAGGCAUAUCAAGAAGCAAACCAUAAGUUUUAAUGUAGCUCUGCAGUGCAAUGCAAAACCCUUUUAACAUUAAAUGAAAACACUAGUUGACUGCGCCGUACCGCUGGAGCUCAAGGCAGAAAUUCUCAAGUGUGAAUACGUUUGUCAUAAUUCUGGCUGGUUUAGUUGUUCAAUGAUAUCUCCUGAUUCCAGUAUUCAUUGUCUCUCAAAUGUUUGGCUAGGCAUUAAUUGUGUUUAAAAUUUUCAUUUGUUGUGCCUGAACUUUAUUUGCUGUCAUUUCACUAUUUGCAUAAUAGGGCUGAAGGUCUGGAGUACACGUUCAUAUGUAAAGUCUUCAAAAAUGUGUUCUGCCUGAUUUGAUUGGAAGAUGAAUGGUCUGGAUUUUCCUUCAGCGCUGAGAACCUACGAUUUUAUUUGUGUGGAUGAGCAUUAUCUAUUGUUUUUACUUGUCUAAUCAUGGUUAUGUUCUUGCAUUGCAUACCCAUUAGCAUUGUAUACUGUCCGGUUAUAUUUACACAUCUGAGAAGGGAUAUUACUGUAAGAUAUCUUGGUCUUUCCAAAUAUGAUUUAGCAGGUAGAGGUCGAUGACUUGAGGAAAACAAAAAAAUGCUUGGUAGACCACACUGACUGACUGACUGACUGAUGAAGGUUUGUGUAAAGGAGGAGUAAAAUCGCUAUUUAUUUUGGUGGUUGGCUUUCAUUUCAGCAUCCUAUUUUUACCUUUUAUUAUUUCUAUCUGUUUGCAGGUCAGAGAAUGCUGUAAAACCAUUGAAAAAAAGUAACAGUUGAAGAUAUUGUGUACAUGUUUUCUGAUGUUUUAAGAGUAUAUAAAUAAACUGUGAACUUCAAGAAUUUGA